AUGUAUCGUUCGAUUCAAGACAAUGCACAAAAUCCGGAUAAUUCAGACAAUUUAAAUACAACAAAAAUUCGUCGAACAAUUAUUGAACGCGGUACACGUACAGUGAUGAAUGAUCGUGAUCAUGGAAAUGCUCCAUCAACAAAUAUUUCAGCUAUAACAGCAAGAACUAGACAACAUGAAGAUGAGAAACAUGAAUUACGAGAAUUGAAUAUGAAAUUUACUAUUUAUUUAGAUCAUGUUCAACAUUUGGAAAAUUAUAAUGGACAAUUAUUAGCUGAAUUAGAAACCUUAAAACAAGAAUGGGGUAAUGAUACAAGUCAAUUACAUGAAACAUAUGGUCCAGAUUUAAAAUCACUUCGUAACGAAAUUGGUAAUUGUCUACGUGAUCAAGUUUAUCAAGAACUUCUAUUAAAACAAUAUGAAUAUGAUAUGUGGCAAACACAACAACGUAUAGAUGCAUUGGAUGAUAAUACUUCAUCUCGAUUAAAGGCAACUCAACAAGAAUUAAAUCAAUCAAUUGAUGCUUUAGAACAAAUUAAAAAUCAAUAUGAUCGAUAUUCAGCAGAUUUAGUUAAACAACGUACAAAUGUAGACAAUUUAUCUAAUCAAUUGAAUGGAUUAACAACUGAAUUAGUUAAUCAUCGAUUAGAACGUAUUAUGAUUGAAAAUGAAAUACAAACAUUACAAGAACAAGCUGCAUUUGAAGAUUCAGCUUAUCAAGUACAACGAGAAGAAAUCUUAUUACUUGGUAAACCGGCUCUUGAUACAUCAAAAUUUUAUCAUACCGAAUUAAUUCGUGCUAUAUCUGACAUUCGAAAUGAUUUUCAAGAUCUUGCAAUUACUCAAGCCAAGAACUUAGAAGAGUAUUAUCGUAUAAAAAUGGAACAAAUUCAAGAAAUUGCUCAAGAAAAUGAACGUAAACGUUUCUUAGCUAUCGAAAAAGACACAAUACAACAAUCAUUGAAUUCAAAUUCAUUGAUAGAAAUUGAAGACGUUUAUAAAGAGUUAAAAAUAGAAAAUAAUCUAUUACAAAAAGAAUUCGAUGAUCUAUUAGAUGAUUUAACAAGAAUUCAAAAUGAAAAUAUACGUGAACAACAAAAACUUGAUAUACAUUUAAAUCAACUUCGAGAAGACAUAGCUAAUAAACAAACAAAUACGGAGACUAUUUUAGAUAAUAAUGUUUCACUUCGUUUUGAAUUAUCAACAUAUCGAUCUUUAUUAAAUUCUGAAGAACAACGUUUGCAUAGAUUAAAACAAGAAAAACAAUCGAAAACUUCAUCAACAUCAUCAUCAACAGUAAAACAUAAAAAUCCAGACAAUGUUAAUCAAAACCCUAAUAAUAAUACGACGCAAAAAUUGUCUACUCAAACAUCAGCAACAGGUUCAAUUCUAAUUGAUUCGGUUGAUCUCAUCAAUGAUUGUAUUAUAAUAAAAUGUGAAAAAUCUACUAGUAACGAACAAUCAUUAGGAAAUUGGAUAAUUCGUCGUCAAAAUGAUCGACAACCAGUGAUAGUUUAUCGAUUUCCUUCUUCGUUUAUUAUAAAACCAGGACAAAUAAUUCGAAUACUAUCAAAACGUAGUCCACAAUCAGCAACAAGCUCAGAUAGGGACGUACUGGUGGCUGAUCAAAUUAAUACAUGGGGAUCUGGUCAAGUUAUGCUCACAAGUUUAAUUGAUAAUUAUAAUGAAGAAAGGGCCACUAUAAAACAUACCUUUCUUCCAACAUAA